GAGAGGAGACAGCAGUCGUGGAGCGAAAGAGAAUGGCCGUCUCCAAUGGUGUCGCAAUGCCGGGCGCUCUCGUGAGUCCUAGGCUUCGCCCUUUUGUUGUGGCUUUUCUUCUCCUGCAGGAGUGUGUCCAGCUCUCGUGUUGCGGCUCAAGACUGGCGUUCCUUCCUGGAUUCGAAGGGCCUCUUCCGUUUCAUCUUGAAACUGGGUAUGUGGCUGUGGGUGAAUCAGAGGAAAUUCAACUCUUCUACUACUUUGCGGAAUCGGAGAGAAAUUCUAAGGAAGAUGCUCUCUUUCUUUGGCUAACCGGCGGUCCAGGUUGCUCCGCUUUGUCCGGUCUCAUCUAUGAAAUCGGUCCGCUAAAUUUCAAUAUAAAGGCGUAUGACAGGAGCUUGCCGGAGUUCGUUCUCAAUCCAUAUUCAUGGACAAAAGCAUCCAGCAUUAUAUUUGUCGAUUCGCCUGUUGGGACUGGAUUCUCGUAUGCAGAAAACCCGCUUGCUUAUGAGACUGGAGAUUUCAGACAAGUGCAACAUCUCCAUCAGUUCUUGAGGAGGUGGUUGAUUAGUCAUCCUGAGUUCAUCUCAAAUCCCGUUUACAUUGGCGGAGACUCGUAUUCGGGAUUAACCCUCCCAAUCCUUGUUCAAGAGAUUAUGGAUGGAAACGAUGAAGGCAAAAGUCCAGCUAUAAACAUCCAGGGUUACGUACUCGGUAAUCCGUUGACCGACCCAGCUUUUGACCAAAAUGCGCCAGUACUGUUUGCUCAUGGAAUGGGGCUCAUCUCGGACGAGCUCUACGAGUCACUGAAGAGGACUUGUAAAGGGCAUUAUCAAUUUUCCGAGUCCAGUGAUGCGGAUUGUAUGAACGAUCUUAUGGCUUUCCAUCAGUGCACUUCAGGACUUCAAACCGCCCAAAUCCUGGAACCUCUGUGUGGAUAUGCAUCGAUGAAGCCUGGGGAGAUGUUCGGAGACAGGAGAUCUCUUCUUGAGAAUUUCUUCCUUGUUCGUGAACCCAUCGAUCUCGAUUUAGGCUGUCGGACUUAUGGAUACAGGCUUUCUUAUAGUUGGACCAAUGACGACAAUGUCCGGGAGGCUCUUCACAUAAGAAAGGGGAGCAUUGGGGACUGGCAAAGGUGCAACAAUGAGUUGAACUAUACAAAUGACAUUUCGAGCACUCUGCAAUACCACGCAAAGCUCAGUGCAAGAGGCUGUCGUUCUCUAAUUUACAGCAUGGAUAAGAUCGCUGAACUAUUCCAUCAUCGACAACUGGCGAUCAUGGAUGGUCCGAGGUCAAGUUGCUGGUUACACGAGGACUUACUCGAAUGGAAUGACAUUCGCAACUGUUAAGGCAAGAACGCUGACGCACUCUUUAGUUUCUAAGCUGAGUCGUGAUAGAACUGAAUGCUUGCUAUACUUGGGUUAAUCUGCAGGGUGGAGGGCACACAGCUCCUGAGUAUAAGCCUGAAGAAUGUUUUGCUAUGUUUGAAAGGUGGAUAUCGCGGGAGCCACUCUAGAGGACUCGAGCCCGAACGCGAACAGCUUUCACAGUCAUCAUUGGCCCUCCUUUCCCUUUACAGAGCUCAUUGCCUACGCAACUAGGAGAAAACAGCAUUAACUUAGUCAUUUAAAAGCAUCUGCGAAAAGUAUUCAUCCAUGCUUACUGGCUUCUAGACUGGGCACCAAAUUAUAUUAUCGUCAUUUAUUGAUAGCA